AUGGCCCCUCGCCCUCGCGGGAUCCCUUCCUUCUUCAAGAUCAUGCUCGACUGUUCCGCUACUCACCUGCCAUUGCCAACUGGUUUCGUCCGCAAGCACUUGGAGAACGACAUCCCUGAAAAUGCAACACUCCGAUCUGUAAAUGGAGGCUAUUCAUGGAGAUUGAAGAUAAAAAAAGAUGGUGAUAUUUACUGCUUUGCUGAUGCAUGGAAACAGGUAGUUGAAGAUACCCGGUUGGAGUUUGGGGAUUUUCUUGUCUUUUGGCUCCUUGGUCGCUCCAUCUUCAAGCUCUUAUUUUUCGGUACCAAUGGGUGUGAAAAAAAAUUCCCGCUUGAACAUGAUCACGUUCAUGAUGAAGAAGAAGAUGAUGAUAUUGAUGGGGAUGCCGGGGAUCCUUGCUUUACGAAGGUUAUACCGAAAAAAGGAAAACAAAAAUUUGCUUUGCGGUUUCCGUUGGAAUUUGCACGAUUGAUCAGAUUGACUGCAGGAAGAACAAUGAGCAUGAAGAAUCUGCAAGGAAAAGAGUGGCCAGUACGGUUACUUUCAGAGGGGGGACAUUAUACAAGGUACUAUUUUUCGAAGGGGUGGAGUGAAUUUCUGCGAGAUAAUGACAUAUGUGAAGGAGAUACAUGUGUAUUCAAGUAUCUCAGAAGCGAAGAUAAGUUCUGUCUAGCAGAAAUCAUCAAGAAAAGAGCUCAAGCCGACGGAGCUAUGGCUGUUGAAAGUCUGAAGAGACCAAGAGGGCGGGCGGCACGUGUGGCGGUGGAGCAGCCAGCCGGAAAAGUUUUAAAGAGACCGAGAGGUCGGCCGCCGUGUGUGGAGGUGGCGGUGGAGAAAAGGGCGAGGCCCACAGAACCAGAUGAAGGCUUGAAGAGGAAGAGAGGGCGGCCGAGGCGUGUGGAGAGUAAAGACGGCGGUGUGGAGGUGGUGAAGAGACCACGUGGAAGACCAUUUAAGAAGAAGAUAGAGGCUCAAGUUGAUAUAAAAUCCUAA